AUGAGAACAGACACCCAGCAACCGACAGAGCACAAGGAAGGCAUUUUCAAAAAGAUUUUCGACCACCACCACAAAGAUGAAGACAAGGACCAGGAUUCCAAGGAUAAGCCGCAAGGCGGUGAGGGUGGAAUCCGUUCCGAUCUAAAGAAGGAUGAAGCCGGCCUCAAGGAAUACCUAAAGGAGGAUGAGAAGCUCGAGCAAGAGGGCCAGACCUAUGGAGGGCUGAUGUGA